CAAUUCUAUACAUUAAGGUGAGUCACCAGCUCGGGUGAUGACAUGUGGCCUAUGGCGCAGCAGCGUUUCCUGUCAAAGUCGUCUUGACAGACUAGGGCUUUAAUUAAAAGGUUCAUAACCAGAGUGUCUCCGGUGUUUCAAACAGAAAAGGCACGACCACAAGUUCAAGAUAAAGAUCAUUUCGAAGUGGAUCGGGGCCCUGAAUCAUCCUUUGUCUCUUGCAUCAUCUCAGUGGGACAGAAGCUGACUGCAAAACCUCCCUUCAAAUUGCUUUUCAGAUUUAUGUCACACUUGGGCUCAUUUCGAAGAUGUACUGGCAUGGAAACCCCGACUGAAAUGGGCAGGCAUCUUAUUGAAUGAAGAAAGACUUGGGGCUUUCACCCAACAUGGUCUGAAUAGGAUGCAGGAGACAGCCGGUGAAAGCUGUGUGCGUGGGGUGGAGGUUUGUUAAGAUGAGGCUGCAUACACUGAGGCUGCAGGAGGAGGAAUGGGACAAAGAGUCAGAAAUUCAUGGUUCGUGUAUGUGUUUAGGUCUUCACCCUAACAUUUGUGUGAGAAUUAAGUUGCACUACCAGCAAGGUUACGAUGACUGGGGGUUUUCUUGCUUCCAUCUCGUGGAGACUGUGUGCGUGUGUGACUGCAUGUGUGUGUGUAUCUGUCUUUGCACUGAGCUGUCCCUUGUCCCUGCCUCCUGGCAGCGAGGAGCCACCCAGCAGCUGCUCUGUGAUUGGACAGGAGGAGUAGGGUUCUUGACACAGCGCAGUGCUGACUGCUCUGGGACGCGUUUCAACAGAUGGUCGAGGUUAGAGAGUGUCAUUGCAUCGGAGAGAGGAUUAGAGGAGAGAGGUUGUCUUCCAGGAGCUGUGUGGUCCCUCCCCACCUCUUCAACCCCCAAACCCCUCUAUGUGCGGAGGGAGACCUGGUGAGGAAGCGCCAGGAGAAAAGUCAGAGAAGAGUCCUAGCCUUGCCUGUCUCACUUGGCCAGCACUCUGCUCUCCUGCCUUUCAGUGAACCACGACUGCGAGAACUAUACGGGUGUGAGUGAGUAGCCUGGCAGGACCACUUCUCCCUCCGUUCAUUAAUUUUCCUGUCUUAACCAUUUUGUGGCCUGUUGUCUGAGGCACCAUGCUGAUGCAGUGGCUGGCCUGGUUGGCCCUGCUGUCACUGGACUGGGUUCCCUGUAGCUGGGCCUUCACCACCCCCAGGGCACAGGGCCUGAGAGGUCGCAUCCAGAGAGACCGCAGAAACAUUCGGCCCAACAUCAUCCUCAUAAUGACUGAUGACCAGGACGUAGAGUUGGGUUCUCUGCAGGUGAUGAAUAAAACCCGUAAAAUCAUGGAAGAUGGAGGCACUACCUUCACCAAUGCUUUUGUCACAACACCCAUGUGCUGCCCAUCACGAUCUUCCAUGUUGACGGGCAAGUACGUCCACAACCACAACACCUACACCAACAAUGAAAACUGCUCCUCCCCUUCCUGGCAAGCUCAGCAUGAGCCCCGCUCAUUCGCUGUCUACCUCAACAACACUGGCUACAGGACAGCCUUCUUCGGCAAAUACCUCAACGAGUACAAUGGCAGCUACAUCCCACCUGGGUGGCGUGAAUGGGUUGGAUUGAUAAAAAAUUCUCGCUUCUAUAAUUACACUGUCUGUCGGAAUGGUUACAAGGAGAAACAUGGUGCAGAUUAUGCCAAGGACUACUUCACAGAUCUGAUCACCAACGACAGCAUCAAUUUCUUCCGCAUGUCCAAGAGAAUGUACCCUCACCGUCCUGUGAUGAUGGUCAUUAGUCACGCGGCUCCUCAUGGCCCCGAAGACUCGGCACCUCAGUAUGCUGAGCUGUUCCCAAAUGCUUCACAGCACAUCACCCCCAGCUACAACUAUGCCCCAAACAUGGAUAAACACUGGAUUAUGCAAUACACUGGCCCCAUGAGACCCAUCCACAUGGAGUUCACCAACUUUCUUCACAGGAAAAGGCUGCAGACACUAAUGUCUGUGGAUGAUUCAGUACAAAAGGUUUAUGACAUGCUGGAGGAAACUGGAGAGCUGGAUAACACUUACAUUAUCUAUACAGCAGACCAUGGCUACCAUAUUGGCCAGUUUGGGUUGGUAAAGGGCAAGUCGAUGCCUUAUGACUUUGACAUCCGUGUGCCAUUUUUCCUCAGAGGACCCAAUGUGGUGCCGGGGGCAGUAAACCCUCAUCUGGUGCUGAACAUUGACCUAGCUCCCACAAUUCUCCACAUUGCUGGGCUGGACACCCCUCCAGACAUGGAUGGAAAGUCAAUACUUAAACUGCUGGAGCAGGAAAGAACUGGCAAUAGAUUCAAACCCAACCGGAAACCCAAAGUCUGGAGGGACACAUUCCUGGUGGAGCGAGGAAAGAUCCUGAGAAAGAAGGAUGACUCCAUGAACACGCAACACACCAACAGCCUGCCCAAGUACAAGAAGGUCAAAGAAACUUGCCAGCAGGCUGAAUUCCAGACAGCCUGUGAACAGCCUGGACAGAAAUGGCACUGUGUGGAAGAGAUUACAGGGAAGUGGAGGAUACACAAAUGUAAAGGCAGUUCAAAAGAAGGCUCCAGGAAAAGGGUGCGCAGUCUGAAGCCCCAUAGCAGUUAUGACAACAGAGGGAAACGCUGUGACUGUGGGGAUGCUCUCUUUAAACUCUCCAGGACGGAACGCCGCUCCCACCGCCAGUUCUCCACAACAGGCCAACGUUAUCGGCCACGUUUUGUUCAUACCCGGCCUACUAGGUCUCUGUCUGUGGAGUUUGAAGGCCAGAUAUAUGACAUUGACCUCCAAGCGGAUGAUCAGUCAUCUGUCCGCCAGCGUGUCAUCUCAAAACGUCACUACAACUCAGAAGACCCGGAGUUUAGUUUGGGGACAAAUGACGGUUCAAAAGAAAUGCUGGCAGAUGAUAGAAAUGCUGUGGCAUACCCAAACUCUGUGAAAGUUACCCAUAAGUGUUAUAUCUUGAUGAAUGACAGUGUCCAUUGUGAAAGAGAAAUCUAUCAGUCCUCCAGAGCCUGGAAAGACCAUAAGAGUUAUGUCGACCAGGAGAUUGAAGCACUUCAGGACAAAAUUAAAAAUCUCCGGGAAGUAAGAGGCCACCUAAAGAGGACAAGACCAGAUGAGUGUGACUGUGGAAAGAAGGGGGAGGCUGCGCAGGAAAUAGAUGGGAAGGUCCAGCUGUAUAAUGAGAUCCGGCGACGGAAGAAGGAAAGGAAGGAGAAGAAGCGGCAGAGGAAGGGAGACGACUGCAGUCUGCCUGGCCUCACUUGCUUCACACACAACAAUGACCACUGGCAGACUGCUCCCUUUUGGACAUUGGGUGGAUUCUGUGCAUGCACCAGCUCCAACAACAACACCUACUGGUGCCUGAGAACCAUCAACGAGACCCACAACAUACUCUUCUGUGAGUUUUCCACUGGCUUCCUGGAGUACUUUGACCUUAACAGUGACCCAUACCAGCUGACCAACGCAGUGUAUGAAGUGGAUCGGGACGUACUGAACACACUCCAUGCCCAGCUCAUGGAGAUGCGGAGUUGUCAAGGGUACAAGCAGUGUAAUCCUCGCCCUAAAGGCCUGGAUACAGCACACAGCCAGUAUGGGACGGACUACAGGGUUAAACUACCCAACUUGACAGAUGAGGACGUGAACUGGCAGGGACUGGAGGAUCUCUAUAGCAUAAACGAAAGCCUUUAUGAAUGUAGGCCUGACUACAGCCCCAGCCCAGAUAACUGGGUCAACUUCCAGAAGGAUGUGGAUAAUAUGUUUGCACUGCGACACGUUUUUAGCAAAUUCAACCAAACCCGUAAGCUUGAUGACCCCACCCUGCCAGAGCUGGGCUCCGGGUCCGGGGGUGGAGGCCUUAAGGAGGGCAGUGGAGAAGAGUUGAACUUAGCCAUUGACAUCUGGCCAGCUUUGGCCACAGAGGUUCACCUCACCUCCUCCGCCCCCAGCAGUACACCAUUAGCACCGCCCACAACUAGGCACGCACUGGAAUCUGGUGUCAACAACCUCCCUGACUCACCCAUAGACAAACCUAGGGUGUCAGCAUCACAAGUGAGUGCAUCAUCAUCAUCAGAGUCAAGUAGAGAUGGAGUUAUCUUUCAGAGCAAUAUGUGGGCACAGCAGCUGGAGGAGUUGGAAGGAGAUAUGUUUAGUGGCAAUGGACUGUCAGAGCUGGAGACAAAACACGACAACCUACUGCGUACUUACAACAGCCUGCAGGCCCAGCUGGAAACUGGCCUGGGUCACAAAGAGCCAACUGGCCUGCAGGAUCUUGGGCUGCGCCUGAUCCCUGAAGAAGAGGACAUUUUCCAGGCCCAGGGCUACCUCCCUUUUCUCCCACAGACAGUGAGGCCCAAGGUGCAGGCCAGCACCACUGGGAGCCCCACCACCACACAGACUAGCGCUCCACAGAGUGUUGGAGUGCUACUACAGGUGCUGUCUCAAUCAGCACUGCCCCUUACCUUGGAUUACGAAGGCAGUGGCUCUCUGCCUCAACCCCAGAAUCGGACCCUCUGAGGCAGACGUAUGCUGGCCAGCCAACGAGCUGCUAGUAAUCAGAGACACAGUGACUGAGAGAUGGGCUUGUCUAUGGCAAGUAAUGCAACCUAAGUAACUCAGAGUUGUAUGAGUAUUAAAUUUUAUUUUAUUUUUUACAAGUGCCUACAUUUAUUAGUAAACAGUGUUAUGUUUUUUCAAAUGUAUAUCUAGAAAAGGCCUUAAUUGAGCUAAAUUUAGGUGUUGGCAUUAAAACUAAUUCCACAUACUUAUUACUGUUUUUAUGAAAAACAAGUGACUGGUGAAGCCGUUUCAACAUUUGGAUGGAUGGGUUAGUAAUAGUCAGCUUUAAGAAUCUAUUAAUCAUAAACCUGCCCUAUUACAGGGCUCUCCAGUGGGAACUACUCUCCAAUUAGUUAAUGGCAAAACUUAUCCCAAAUGCACUUUUGACUCUUGCCCUCCACUUGCAGUGUUGAAACUGGUGUUCACUGUUAAAUCAGAUUUUAUGAAAUGCUUAUUUCUACUGACUGCUUUUAAACCUUAAGUAAUGGAUUGUCACUUCUGAAAAAGUUACAUAAUCAGCAUAACAUCUGUUUCACAAAUAUUUACUUUGCUAUGAGUUUUAUUUAGCAUUUCUUGUUACAUCAUUGAAAUAUGGCAGUAAUUGUAUGAGAAAAUGUGGAUAAUCACUGGACAGUAUACAAGUUAUAACCAGUAACUUGACAGAAUUUAUAUUAUCUAGCUGUGGCAAACCCAUCUUUUACGCUAAACCGGCAGGAAAAAGGCCCAGAUUUGGCACAAUUUACUGAUUAGUUGCACCUCUGCCCCAGCUUUGACCUCACACUAUUUUUAAGAUGAGUAAAGUGGUCCUUUCUAAUCACUAGCAAAUGCUUACACAGUCACAGGGCCUAGAAAACGCUCAAUUAUGUAACUUUUUUGGGGAAAUGUCACCAGUUCAUUUUGUAGUAUACGGCAUAGUGCUUUGAUAAUCGAAAGUAUAGAGUUGCACAUGUCCAGUCCAUUUCAACUGUAACUGUAUAGUCCCUUAAAGCUGGUCAUAUGGUGGCACAGUGCUUACAGCUUUUCCUCUGACUGUAUAGUAAAAUAUGCAUCAAACAUUACAUAAGGCUAAAUAUUGCAAGACCAUUGAAGACAAUGUUUUAACCUUCCUUAAGAGGUUCUGCACAAACCUGAUGCUGUCCUUUUUUUACUUCUUUUUUUUUAUUAUUGUGUUAGAACAACUCUGGUUUCAGGAAAACCAUGAAGCUAUUGAUAAAUAAACCCUGGUCCAUCAACUUGAA